AUGGCGGCGGCUGUAGAGGAACAAUGCCCCCCCCGCCGCCGCCAAAGCAAACACAAAAGGCAAGGAGGCCACCACCGCAGCCUAGUCAGGCUCACGCAGCCCACCCGGGCCGGCGGCAGCACCCCGGGCCAGCGGCUGGCAGAGGCAGGGGGCAACGCCACCACCAUUGCGCGCUAA